CUGAAACCCUUGUCCGAGACGAAGAUGGGGUUUGCGGUGGGGAGCUGCGCAUAAAAAUCCCCAUCUCGUCUCUUCUUCUUCCCAGCCACAGAAAAAUCGAGUCUUCGCCGGCACGAUUGAAGCGAUUCCUCGAAGCCCGCUCGUUCCUUGUGUCGUCAAACCAGUUGAUCGGUUGCACACGAUGCAUCGCAGCAGCAAGAGGAAGGCUGCCACGGCCAUGCCGUCCUCUGCUUGCAACCCCGGAGGAAGGAAGAAGGCCGCUGUCUCCUCCGAUGGCGGGUCGCUCCCGGACGAGAUGGUCAUGGAGGUGCUGCUGCGGCUCCCCGUCAAAUCCAUACUCCGCUUCCGGGCCGUCUGCCGCUCCUGGGCGGCGCUCUUCUCCACCGACGUCUUCCGCAGCCUCCACAUAGCGGAUACCGCCAGCCCCAAGCUACUUUUCGUCUCACCCACCACGGCAACGUCGUCGACCAAGGUGUACUCAUGCUCCCCGUCAGAACGCAAGGACGACGAUGCUCUGCUCUUUGCCCUCGACUCUGCCUGCGGCAGCUCGAUGCAACUACUGACGCCAGCACCCUGCCAUGGCCUCUCCCUCCUCUACGACGACACCGCGCCGGCCUACUACAUCUGCAACGCAGCCACACGGGCAGUCACACGCCUGCCGACUUUCCUCCAUCGUGCCACGUAUACUUGUGCUGGAUUCGGAUUCGACGCCCGGGCAAGGAAGUACAAGGUGGUGAGGCUGAGCAAGGGGACACGCCACGAGGUCGAGUCGGUAAGGUGUGAGGUGUACACGCAUGGAGGUGGUGAUGGGGAUUGCUGGAGGCCGCCUACCGGAGGAGGAGUGCCCCUUGGGUUGCGCAGGUUUGCACAUUCUGCUAUUGCCAAUGCAGCUUUGAACAAUCUACCCCCAGUGUUUGCAAACGGAUCCCUGCACUUGGUGGUCCAGCCUAAUUCCUUCUUCAGAAGGCCAAGAGCUGCCGUGAUAUCCUUUUCUCUGUCCGAGGAGACCUUCAGUUUUGUUGGACCACCACCGUUCUGGACGCCGGAGAUGUACUCAUCCACAGCUUCGUCGUUAAGAGAGACAGGGGAACGCCCCUUCAUGCCUGGGACACUAGGAGAGCACCUAGUGCAGAUGGAUAACCAACUCUGUAUGGUCCGAGACCUUCGAUAUAACCCUUCUGGUGGUUGCAUUCUGGAGAUCUGGAAGUUGCCGGAUUCUACCUCCUCUGCUUGGUCACUGAAUCAUCGCAUUAAUCUGUUUGGGCGUGUGGCAAGAGAUUUAUGUCGGACACAGGUUGUCAGAGUUAUGGGUUCUACUGGCAAUGCUGGCUCAAGGAAGAAGAUGAUCAUCGCUACUAGCGAGCACAUAAUUUUUGACAAGUUUCAGAAGAAGGUUUGCACCUAUGACCUUGGGUCUCAAUCUCUAGAGACCAUUCUUUCAGUCACCGAGACACGCACUUCACUUCAAACCAUGACUCCUAGUUCAAGAUUCGGUUUGUUUGAAGAGAGCCUUGCUCCGGUCUCAACAACUCCUCCCAGCUGAAAAAUACAUGGUUGUGUUGCAGAGGCUGCACCAGCUCCACCCGCUUACUCAGCGGCCAAGGAGAUCCCACACCACCGAAUCAACGAGUGUUGUCAUCUCGUCGAGUAUUGAACUUGUGGUCAUCCUUUUACUUGAGUUGAAAACAUGUGGAGUUAUGUGUGCAAGAGAGCUGGCCUGAUUGAUGAUUGUAGUGUUGCCUACCCCUGUAGAUGUUUAGCAUCCAGUGUCUUCUAAUUUUAUUUUAUUUCAAUCUUAGUGUCUUGUAAUUCAGCUACAGCUAAUUAUAUGCUCAAUUGUGUUGGGAGUUGGUGAUAUUGGAUUAUUUGGUUUUGAGAACCACUCUCUUGUAUUAUUCCAAGAAUUGGCUUGGGAAUUCCGUAUCAGUAUUUUUGCUCAUCUUGAA